GCGUCUCAGAUAGCCAAUGAUACAGGUGACAGAGCAGCAUCCUACCACCUAGCCAGACAUUAUGAGGGUCACGAUGAUGUCAAGCAAGCAGUUCACUUCUACACGCGAGCCCAGGCCUAUAACAACGCAAUACGACUUUGUAAGGAAAACGGUCUUGAUGACCAGCUGAUGAACCUGGCUCUGCUCAGUAACCCGGAGGACAUGAUGGAAGCUGCCUGUUACUACGAGGAGAAAGGCACACACAUGGACCGAGCUGUCACCCUUUAUCACAAGGCUGGUUAUGUCUCCAAAGCUCUGGAGCUGGCCUUUGCCACUGAGCAGUUUGCUGCUCUCAAGCUCAUUGCAGAGGAUCUCAAUGAAAACUGCGACCCUGCUCUCCUUGCUCGCUGCUCCGAAUUCUUCAUCAAUCAUUCACAGUAUGAGAAGGCAGUGGAGUUACUGGUUGCAGCUAAGAAGUACCAUCAGGCCCUGCAGCUGUGUUUGGACCAAAACCUGACAAUCACUGAGGAUUUGGCCGAGAGAAUGACGGUGACUGACUCCAAGGACUUGUCUGAGGAGGCCCGCAAGGAACUGCUGGAGAAGAUCGCUGAUUGUUGCAUGYGUCAGGGCAACUACCACCUGGCCACAAAGAAAUACACACAGGCCGGCAGCAAACGCAAGGCUAUGAGGGCACUCCUCAAGUCAGGUGACACGGAGAAAAUAGUUUUCUUUGCCAACGUUUCUCGUCAGAAAGAACUUUUCAUCAUGGCCGCCAAUUAUCUCCAGUCUCUGGAUUGGCGUAAAAACCCGGACAUCUUAAAGACCAUCAUUGGUUUCUACACGAAGGGCAAAGCCCCGGACCUGCUUGCUGGCUUCUAUGAAGUCUGUGCUCAGGUAGAAAUAGAUGAAUACCAAGAUUAUGAAAAGGCUCUCGAUGCACUCAUGGAGGCUUUCAAGAGUCUGUCGAAAGCGAAGGACACUUCAGGUGGACAACAGGAAGUGAGACUCGCUGACCUUCAGCAUAAAAUCAGCCUCAUCAAGAAGUUUGUCCACAUCCGCAGGUUGUAUUCUGACAAUACGGAUGAGGCGGUGCGGUUAUGUGAAGCUCUCCUGGAAGAACCAGACUUGGAUCCUGCAGUCAGGAUUGGAGACGCGUUUGGUUUCAUUGUGGAGCACCACUGUCAGCAAGGGAACUACCAGAUGGCCUAUCAGAAGUUAGAGGAACUCCAGAAGCUGCUGCCAUCACAGAACGUCGGGUAUUACAUCAGCCAGGCCAGCCUGGACGCCCUGCAGAAAGAGAUGGGUUUACCUCUGGGACGUGUUGACCACAGACACAGCCCGAAGGAGGACGACGAAGUGGAGGAGGACUUAAAUGUGUCUUAGCUGCAUCUGUUUUUACAUUUUUUUACUAUGUAUAAAGUCUUUAAAAGUCAUUUUUCAGACCGAUGAAAGACUGUGCAUUUUGUAUUAAAUAGUGACAAAUAMUGUAAAUMAAAAGCUCUUAACUCUCA